CUUAUUGUAGUGUUUUUAUUGCAGGGCUGCUGGUGUCGAUUUUAUGUCUCUUGUAUAUGAAAAGCCUUAUUGUCGCAUUGCACCGUACCUUGUUGGUAUGGUGUUGGGUUACUUACUUAUUCACUCGAAGGACUGGAGGCUUCCCACCAAGGUCCACACGUAUAUAUUCAAUAUGGCUGGCUGGUGUGUUGCUAUCAUUCUCGCCCUGUCUACUCUGUAUGGUGAAUAUCAAGUGUUUAGAACAAACAAUCCUCAACCAUUCUCUCGUGCUGAGAAUAUCACAUAUGGGAUGUUUUCUCGAUUUGCCUGGAGCUUGGCACUAGCCUGGGUGAUUUUUGCUUGCCAUCGUGGGCUCGGAGGUUUGGUGAAUAGGAUCCUGUCGGCUCGGUUUUGGAUUCCAUUAAGUCGGCUGACAUACUGUGCUUAUCUUAUUCAUCCUGUUGUUAUACUGACAUUGUUUUCAUCAAUGGAAACUGUACGGGCCUACUCUGAUGUCCAUAUGGUGAGUAACAUCUUAUUUCUUUUGAAUUGCUCGUUUUGAGGGGGGAUUCUGGGGGCAUUGGAGAAGCCAGAGUUGCUCUCGCCACGUCAAGCAACUCCUAUGCUUCUCUCUCUGAAAACUUCGGAAGUGCAAACUGAGCAUGAACAAAUUAUUAAUGAAUUUACAGAACGUUUCUACACUUCCUCUAAACUAACUUAAAAAACAUACCCACGAACCAUAGAAAUACUUGGUGUGUUGCUGCAAUUUUAAUCCCGUGAGUAGAGAUUGGUUAUAAGAAUCCCGACCAAGUUGCGAUAUCAGAAGCUUAAGGGGCUGAAAAUCUAAAGUAAUGCUACUCUCUACUUCGGAAAUUCCACAGUUUUUCGGGUCAUCCAUCUUCGGUUACCACUUGCCAUACACUGAAUUUCUUUGUUACAUUGUGCUUACAGGGGACAUGACCUUACU